CCAGUGGGCAGUGCAUACAGAGGGAUCAGUAACUCCACCUUAUUAUUGACGAAUAAAAAGAAACUGAAGCGGUGCCUAGCGACCAGAGGACGCGUCUCACAGAUUACCUCCUUUUAUAAGUUAAUGCUACAAAUAAUACUCAUAGUUUGCUUCUACGCCUCACUGAUGUGAUCAUCGUACUCCGUGGAUUAAAACCUUCCGUAGUUUGACCGGAAAAUGGCGCCAAAAAGAAAAGGUUUGGAGAGCCUCGCUCUCAUCCGGAGAGAGGCUGACGUCAUCACAACACAGGUGGACCUUCUGGCAAAGGACGUUCCUGGGUGUGGGAAUAGCCAGGAUGUACGACUGAGAUGUCAGAAUCUGAGGAGUUUAGCGGAGAAAACCCUCACUGCCCUCAACAACCUCAGCAAGGUGGAGGGGAGCGGUCCGGUGGAGGACUAUGAUCAGAGGAGAGAGGAGGAGUGCCUCCGUCUCCGGGGGCUGAUGGAGCGUUUGGACGGCCUCGCGCUGCAGCUCUCCACCCCAGCGCCCGGCCAGGACGACAGUCAGGAAGAAGACAGUGAAGAGGAUGAUGAAGAGGGUGAUGAGGACGAUGAAGACGACGAUGAAGAGGAUGAUGAAGAGGAUGAUGCUUCUGUUGAAUCCUCCGAGCCGAGAGCUUAUAGCGUCCUGAGUGACAUCAGAGGGGAGGAGCCAGGAGAUCUUUCUGUCCAGAGGGGGGAGCUGCUGAGGGUCAUCAGCACGGCCCCAGAUGGGUGGUGGCUGGCAGAGGACAGCAAGGGCAACCGGGGACUCGUACCUAGGACCUACCUCAAGUCGGUGGUCCCAGACGAGAAUGAGAGUGAAGAAGGGAGUGAUGAAGAACCCGGACCGAGUGCCUCAGAGUCCCAAAGGUCAAAGGUCAGGAAGACCCUCACAGAGGUGGAUGUGUUAUCCGCCAUGGGAGCCAUACCGCCGGGAUUCACACCCUCAACCCUGAACCGCCUGGCACUGGAAGGGGCCACCUAUAGAGGGAGCCGUUUCAUUCAGCCAGAGCUCAGCCAAUCACAGCUCGCCUUCAAAGACGUCUUCAUGGAGCCGAACACAGGCGAGGUGCGAGGCCGGCAGGUGGCGGUGUGCGUGUGUUUUCUUGUCGGCUGCAGGCGGAUCUCUCCGCCCGGAGUGGGCGUGGCCGUGCUCAGUCGCCACGUCCGCCUCUGUGCCUUCGACGGCUCCCAGGUUCUGAGUAACAUCCACACUGUGAGAGCGACCGUCAACCCCAAGAAUCCCAAAACAUGGACCUUCUCCGCCCGGGUUAGUGGGGACCUCCCCACCCUCCUGGACGGAGAGUGUUUCCUGCGCUGCUCGUCUGAUUCUCCUGAGCUCGGCCUGCUGCUGGAGCUGGGAGUCACCUUCACACGCACAUCAACAGGAGAGAAAGGGGAGCUGAGCUGUGGAUGGACCUACCUCAAGCUGUCAGACACUACUGCGAGGACCUAUGAGCUGCCGGUGCACGGCGGAACGCCCUUUGAGUCCCAACUUCCUGUCCAGACAGGAAGCAAAAGUAUGUUCCAGGUUCUUCAGAGCCGGUCGCAGCCCAAACUGACCCUUAAGCUGAAGUCAGUCAGCAGGCGAACCCGAGCCCAGCUCAGUCUCCUUCCAGACUGUCUCCUCUACUGUUCCAACGUUCUCCACCUCCUGCUGAUCUUCAGACAAAUCCUCACUCAGACCCUGAUGGACAGACCCACGGCCCAGAGCAGAGAUCUGAUGUGUCAUCCUGUCUUAACGAGCUUCCCUCUCCUAUUGGACGAGACCGAUCUUUUGGACGCUUUCAAAAGUGCAUGGCUCCAUGCUGAGCAGGCCAUGAGCCGCGCACUCAAGAGGGACCUUGUGUUCCUCAGGGCAGAGUUCACCAGUGUGUUCCUGGCCACCGUCCACCCCCUCCUCCACUCCACCACGUUGCCAUGCCAACGCUGGGCGGACCUCCCCCUGGAGCAGCAGAGGGUCCGCCUCAUCUCAUUGGCCCUGGACCGCUUCAGGACCGGCAGCCAAUCAGAAGGCCCCGUGGCUGAACAGGAAGCCUUCGAUGUGACAGAGCUCAGCUUUGACCCGCUUGGCAAAGUUCCCCACAGCACCACCCCCUGUUUCAUGUGUUCACCACAACACCACCCCCUGAUUCAUGUGUUCACCACAACACCACCCCCUAAUUCAUGUGUUCACCACAGCACCACCCCCUGAUUCAUGUGUUCACCACAACAACACCCCCUAAUUCAUGUGUUCACCACACCACGACCCCUGAUUCAUGUGAUCACCACAACACCACCCCCUGAUGGAGGGUUCAUAAGAUCAUCAAAUCACCCCCUGAUGGAGGUUUCAUGUGUUCAUAAGCAGAAGGAGAGAGUUUACGUUCAAUCUUUGGUGAAAAUACAAACAACAAAGCCGUUGGAUUUCCUGUAUCU